GUCCCCGUCGACCUCUUAGAAAGAAUCGGCUCUGUAGAAAUUAUUCAGUAAACAGAGAGAGGUACACGUCAUUUGUUCUUCCUCUCACGAGAUAAUACAUUGUCAAGAUAGACACAGAGAAACGAACGUAACUUUGCGAACGGCUGUUAUUGAGUCAACGUCAACAAACAGUGCUAGUAGAACUGGGUGUAUACUCGACGCAGUGGGUUUUUACACCUUUCCGUAAAUUAAUCGUGGAAAUAGUUAUUAAAACUGUUAUCGCAGCAAGAAUUUAGUUGUGUUAACGCCUGAACUUCGUAUCGUGUUAAAACGGAACUGAUUUCAACUUUUCAAACUACAUUUUUUGUUGCAAUUUUGCGCAAAGAUGACGGAGCAAUAAUUUCGAAUUCGGAACGAAGUACAGACACAAAUUUAUACAAACCGUGAUACGUUGUGUUGGUGUUGACGUGAAUGCUACGAUACCCCAGCGCAAUGCACGUCAUAUCUCACGGCUCGUUCGUGGACACGGAGACAAGUUGUCCCCCACCAGCCGACAGUCCCAGUGUCGGGAAUGUGCACGAGGCGAGCUCGAGACUAGCAGACGACAUGGAGGAGGAGAUCGACGUGGGCACGACACAGAGCACGGACAGCAGCCUCAACGACAGCCGCACCAGCAUCGACAGCAGCCACGGCGGCGUCACGGGCAUGGGCUCCGAGGACGACAUGCGACGACGUGGCGAGGACACGACGUACCCGGUGUCACCAUGUAGCGACGACGACUCUUCCUGUCACAACAGACUGAUAGGGAGUAAAGACACGAGUCCAGACGACAACGGAGUGCGGCGCUAUCGCACGGCCUUCACCCGCGAGCAGAUCGGACGUCUGGAGAAAGAGUUCCUCAAGGAGAACUACGUGUCGAGACCGAAACGCUGCGAGCUCGCCGCCUCGCUCAACCUGCCAGAGAGCACCAUCAAGGUUUGGUUCCAGAACCGUCGGAUGAAGGACAAACGUCAGCGGAUGGCCAUGGCAUGGCCUUAUGGAAUUGCUGAUCCGCAUCUGUACGCUUACAUCGCCGCUGCCGCUGCUUCCUACCCGUACGGACUCGCCACUGGGAGCCCAUUCGGUUGUUACUCCGGAGUACCCAUGCAGAGGCCACAGGCUGCUCUUCCACAAAUGAUUCCGACUAGUGGCUUGCGACCGAACACCGACUUUCUGAACAACAUCACAAACUCUUUCAUGAGACCCCCAGCCAUAGCAGUCCCGCAUCCAAUGCAUUCGUCUCCUCCCAUUGGCUGUGCAAUUAGGUCACCGUUGGAAACAGCCUCAAUGCUAAGUCACGGAGCGCCGCCUGCCGGUUCCCCGUCUCGUGUUUCGAACAGUCCGUACACCAGUGCUGUGAACGUCGCUACGUCAAUCUCUACGGCGCAUGCGCAAAAGCGAAGUUCUACGGCGCCAAAUGGACUUUUCAGACCGUUUCAGUCGGAGGUGGAAAGAACAUGAUAAGAUAUCUGCUUUGUGUUACUUUUGCUUGAUAUAUAAAUGUUAUUAAUGUCGCAAAUGUGUCUGUUCUAAGGAGAUACUUCGGGUAGCUUGAGAUAAUUCCAGAUCGGGCAGACUCGGAACUUUAACAGUGAAUUUAAAUGUUCAUUUGUAUUCGAGUGUGGGCGAAUGUGAAGGGGGAGGGUUUCGAGGGUCGAAACACCUCCCUGCUCCAGCACAUUUUACUUUCUUCAAUAUAUUUUCAUGGGCAGCAUGACUCGACCCCCCCCCCCCCCCCCGUAUAAACUUGUCGUUACAGGAUCCCCCAUCCCUCUGCUAAAAUUUCUGCACACGCGCCUUGAGUGUGUGAAUGAGUGACAAUGUAGUACCCUCUCUAACUUGUAAAUACUGCGGCAAUAGCAUAACAUAACAUAGGUAACACACAAAUAUAUUUGUGCUUCCUGUACUGCCUGAUAAAACGUGGUGUAUGGAAUGAAAAUGUAUUGUAGUUUUCAUGUUUUGUCUGUGUUUGUAAAAAAAUCUGUUUCGCAUUGAUCUCAAAAUUGUAUUUAUUUCAUUUGUUGAUCACUACCGACACUGAUCAAAUUGAUCAAGGCCAAGGGGUGUGGAAUAACUCGCGUUAAUACCAGUGCUCCACGACUGGUAUAUCAAAGGCCAUGGUAUAUGCUAUCCUGUCUGUGGGAUAGUGUGUAUACAAAAAUUCCUUGCUAUUAAUGGAAAACUGUAUCGGGUUUCCU